AUGAGUCGAGAGAUCCACCGGGUGGCGAGCCUGCAGCGGGACAGCUCGCUAUGGCGUCGCGGCGACGACGUCUUCUCCCGGACGUCGUCGCGGUUCCACGACGAGGAGGACGACGAGGAGGCGCUGCGGUGGGCGGCCCUGGAGCGGCUGCCGACGUACGACCGCGUGCGGCGCGGGAUCCUCAUGGUGGAGGAGGGCGGGGAGAAGGUGGACGUGGACGUGGCCCGGCUGGGCGCCCACGAGAGCCGGGCGCUCAUCGAGCGGCUCGUUCGCGCCGCCGACGACGACCACGAGAACUUCCUCCUCAGGCUCAAGGAGCGCAUGGACAGGGUCGGCAUCGACUACCCCACCAUUGAGGUGCGGUUCGAGAAGCUGGAGGUCGAGGCCGAGGUGCGCGUCGGCAACCGCGGCCUCCCCACCAUCGUCAACUCCGUCACAAACACCCUCGAGGCCGUCGGGAACGCGCUCCACAUCAUCCCCAGCAGGAAGCAGGCCAUGAACGUCCUACACGAUGUCAACGGGAUCAUCAAGCCCCGGAGGAUGACACUGCUGCUUGGACCUCCUGGCUCAGGCAAGACGACACUGCUACUGGCGAUGGCAGGGAAGCUCGACAAGGAGCUCAAGGUCUCAGGGAAGGUCACAUACAAUGGCCACGGGAUGGACGAGUUCGUCCCGCAGAGGACCGCAGCUUACAUCAGCCAGCACGAUCUCCACAUUGGGGAGAUGACCGUGAGGGAGACGCUGGCGUUCUCGGCCCGGUGCCAAGGUGUUGGCACUAGAUACGAGAUGCUUAUUGAGCUGGCCAGAAGGGAAAAGGCAGCGAACAUCAAGCCAGAUCAUGAUAUCGAUGUCUACAUGAAGGCCUCAGCUAUCGGAGGGCAAGAAUCAAGUAUUGUGACAGAAUACAUACUAAAGAUACUAGGACUGGAUAUUUGUGCUGACACGAUGGUAGGCAAUGAGAUGCUAAGGGGUAUAUCUGGUGGACAACGUAAGCGUGUCACAACAGGUGAAAUGCUCGUUGGCCCUGCAAAAGCUCUGUUCAUGGAUGAGAUAUCCACUGGGCUGGAUAGCUCAACCACAUACCAGAUUGUGAAUUCUCUCAGGCAGACUAUCCACAUCCUAGGCGGAACUGCUGUCAUCUCCUUGCUCCAGCCAGCCCCUGAAACAUACAACUUGUUUGACGACAUUAUACUCCUCUCCGACGGGCAGGUUGUGUACCAGGGCCCCCGGGAAAAUGUGCUCGAGUUCUUUGAGUUCAUGGGCUUCAAAUGCCCUAGCAGAAAGGGUGUUGCUGAUUUUUUACAGGAGGUGACAUCAAAGAAAGACCAGGAGCAAUAUUGGUGCAGGGGUGACAGGCCAUAUAGUUUUGUACCUGUGAAGCAAUUUGCGGAUGCAUUCCGUUCCUUCCAUGUCGGGCAGUCCAUAGAGAAGGAGCUUAAAGAGCCAUUUGAUAGGACCAGGAGCCACCCUGCUGCUCUGGCUACUUCCAAGUUUGGUGUCAGCAGGAAAGAGUUGCUCAAAGCCACUAUCGAUAGAGAACUUCUACUGAUGAAGAGGAACGCAUUCAUGUACAUAUUCAAACUUGUCAAUUUAACUCUAAUGGCAUUCAUUGUGAUGACCACAUUUUUCCGCACAACCAUGCACCGCAAUGUUGAAUAUGGAAUUAUCUAUUUGGGGGCCUUGUUCUUUGCUCUCGACACAAUAAUGUUUAAUGGUUUUGCGGAGCUUGCGAUGACCGUAAUGAAACUUCCGGUCUUCUUCAAGCAGAGGGAUCUUCUUUUCUUUCCUGCAUGGGCCUACACCAUACCAUCGUGGAUUCUUCAGAUCCCUAUCACCUUUGUUGAAGUCGGAGUUUAUGUUUUCACCACAUAUUAUGUCAUUGGAUUUGAUCCUAGUGUAAGCAGGUUUUUUAAGCAGUAUCUGCUGCUCCUUGCAAUCAAUCAAAUGUCAUCUUCAUUGUUCCGCUUCAUUGCUGGAAUUGGAAGAGACAUGGUUGUGUCCCACACAUUUGGACCUUUAACAUUGUUGGCUUUUGUAGCAUUGGGUGGCUUUAUCCUUGCAAGACCUAGUAUCAAAAAGUGGUGGAUUUGGGGUUACUGGAUAUCUCCGCUAUCAUAUGCACAAAACGCUCUCUCAACAAACGAAUUUCUAGGACCCAGUUGGAACCAAGUUGUUAAUGGAACAAAUGAGACCAUUGGAGUUACCGUGCUUAAGAGUCGUGGCAUCUUUACAGAAGCCAAGUGGUAUUGGAUUGGGCUUGGUGCCAUGGUUGGAUACACUCUCCUCUUCAACCUGCUCUACACCGUAGCCCUUUCAGUUUUGAGUCCGUUGACAGACUCUCACCCAUCAAUGUCUGAAGAGGAACUGAAAGAAAAACAUGCAAAUUUAAGUGGUAAAGCUCUAGAGGAUCAUAAGGAAAAGAAUUCUAGGACGCAAGAACUGGAAUUAUCUCACAUUAGUGACCGAAACUCAGCGAUUAGUGGUGUGGAUUCUAGUGGCAGCAGGAAGGGACUAGUACUUCCAUUUACACCACUGUCACUUACCUUUAACGACACAAAAUACUCGGUGGACAUGCCAGAGGCAAUGAAAGCACAAGGAGUAACGGAAGACCGCUUGUUGCUUUUAAAGGGUGUCAGUGGUUCUUUUAGGCCAGGAGUACUUACUGCAUUAAUGGGUGUGAGUGGUGCUGGAAAGACAACCCUGAUGGAUGUUUUAGCCGGUAGGAAAACCGGAGGAUACAUAGAGGGAGAAAUCACCGUAUCAGGCUAUCCAAAGAAGCAAGAGACCUUUGCACGUAUCUCAGGAUACUGUGAGCAAAAUGAUAUUCAUUCUCCACAUGUGACAGUAUAUGAAUCGCUCAUAUUUUCCGCAUGGCUGCGGCUUCCUUCAGAUGUUGAUUCAGAAAGAAGAAAGAUGUUCAUCGAGGAGGUCAUGGAUCUAGUAGAGCUCACAUCAUUGAGGGGUGCACUUGUUGGGCUUCCUGGAGUGAAUGGUCUGUCAACUGAGCAACGCAAGAGGCUUACAAUUGCCGUGGAGCUUGUUGCUAACCCGUCGAUCAUUUUUAUGGACGAGCCAACAUCUGGUCUUGAUGCUCGAGCAGCUGCAAUUGUGAUGAGGACUGUCAGGAACACUGUUAACACUGGUAGGACCGUUGUUUGCACCAUUCACCAGCCAAGUAUUGACAUAUUUGAAGCAUUUGAUGAGGUGGUUAUUCAUUAUUCCCUAUUUCAGUUAUUAUCCUUAGCUUUAUUAAGGUCGUAUAUUGACUAUGUACGGCUGCAGCUUUUCCUAAUGAAGAGAGGGGGAGAAGAAAUUUAUGUUGGUCCUGUUGGACAAAAUUCAUCAACUUUGAUUGAGUAUUUUGAGGAAAUUGAAGGCAUUAGUAAGAUAAAAGAUGGAUAUAACCCAGCAACGUGGAUGUUGGAAGUGUCCUCUAGUGCCCAGGAGGAAAUGCUGGGUAUUGAUUUCGCUGAAGUUUACAGACAAUCAGAACUAUAUCAAAGGAACAAGGAACUCAUAAAGGAGCUAAGCAUGCCACCUUCUGGCUCUAGAGAUCUCAACUUCCCUACACAGUACUCUAGAUCAUUCGUUACACAGUGUCUAGCUUGCUUGUGGAAGCAAAACUGGUCAUAUUGGAGAAACCCAUCCUACACAGCAGUGAGAUUACUAUUCACCAUCGUCAUUGCUCUAAUGUUCGGAACAAUGUUCUGGGGCCUUGGAAAUAAAACUCGAAGCCAGCAGGACUUAUUUAAUGCCAUGGGAUCAAUGUAUGCUGCAGUACUAUACAUCGGUGUGCAAAACUCUGGUUCUGUUCAACCAGUUGUCGUGGUGGAGCGGACAGUCUUUUACCGGGAAAGAGCAGCUGGCAUGUAUUCAGCUUUUCCAUAUGCAUUUGGACAGGUUGCGAUUGAAUUUCCAUACAUCAUGGUUCAGGCUUUGAUAUAUGGCGGGCUCGUCUAUUCCAUGAUAGGAUUUGAGUGGACAGUUGCCAAGUUCUUGUGGUACCUGUUCUUCAUGUACUUCACCAUGCUAUAUUUCACGUUCUAUGGAAUGAUGGCUGUAGGCUUGACACCGAAUGAGAGCAUAGCAGCUAUCAUCUCAUCAGCAUUCUACAACGUAUGGAACCUCUUCUCAGGAUAUAUAAUCCCGCGACCUAAACUUCCUAUUUGGUGGAGGUGGUACGCAUGGAUUUGCCCGGUGGCAUGGACGAUGUACGGACUGGUUGCCUCCCAGUUUGGUGAUCUCCACCAUCCGCUCGAUACGGGAGUCCCAGGCCCAAAGAUAACUGUGGCCCAGUUUGUCAGGGACUAUUAUGGCUUCCAUCAUGACUUCUUGUGGGUUGUGGCGGUGGUGCACGUUGCUUUCACCGUGUUGUUCGCCUUCCUGUUCAGUUUCGCCAUCAUGAGGUUCAACUUCCAGAAGAGAUGA